AUGGCGGACAAUGCCGACGACGCCGACAAAAGAAAGGAGAAGUUUCUUUGCGUCCAAAGAGCACAGAGCGUGCCUAUGGAUUUGGGCGCUUUGAAUCCUUCCAAUCCUCUCAAUCCAAGGCGCUCGGCAGGAUCUCGAACUGGAUUGAGUGCUCGCAUCAAAUUCGCAGGAACUCUGGACAAGAUCAUGGGCAAUUCCAAGCCGCCGCAGCGGCAGCACCGAAGAACUGAUCGAGCCCAGCAGCCAGCUCUUAGGCGGUCCAGGAAGACAUGGACCCAUCGAAGAAAUCCUCGUCCCUCCGCAAAGACCAUAGCUGGGCCUCGUCAAUCCUGCGCUGGGGAAGCCACAAGAUCACGAGGAAAGCGCAGAGCGUCGCGGAGAAUGGAGAUUUCUCACGGCAGUCAAGGAGGAGGAGGAUCAAAUCCAAGAGGGCUCGUCGAUUACCAGCUGGAGAAGGAGUUUCGAGCUGGAAGGCCGGGAGUGUUUCACUUUACGAAUCUCAAGCCUGGCACGAGAUACAAGGUGGAAUUCAAGGGCUGCCUCUAUUCCAUCCCGGGAAGUUUCAAGACUUUGAGCACUCCGGGAUCUACGAACUAUAACGUCAACUUUGGCGUCAUCAGCUGCAACAAUGUCUAUAUCACACAGAAGGCUAUUCCAAUCCACUCGGAUUUGUGGUCGCAUCUCUACAGGAGUGUGAGCGCUGGAAAGAUUGACUAUCUCAUCCAUCUUGGUGAUCAAAUCUAUGCCGAUGUGGAGCCACAAGUUGGCGGACCAGAGCUCGACCGUUUCCAAGUCUCCAAGACAAUUCUCGCGGACGUUCCUCCACUUCACCGCGAGAAAAAGAGAGAAGAGAUUUGUGAGCUCUACCGCGAAACAUACCGAGAAACUUGGAGCCAUCCACCUACGGCGAAGUGCCUGGCAAAUUGUCCAAACCUCAUGAUUCUCGACGAUCACGAGAUCCGGGAUAACUGGGGAGACCUUCCCGAGGAUUGGGACGAGAGCAGCGUCGAGUUUUUCAUAGCUCGCUGUGGAUGGAUCGUUUAUCUCGAGUACCAACGACAGCUUCACGAGGAUGUAGAUUUCUCGAGCCUGGAAAGCAUUGACAAGGAGUAUCACUUUCAUGUCCUUGGAGGAGUUGGACUUAUGUUUGUGGAUAUCAGAGGCUCACGAACUUUCCACCGCGAGAGGGAUGACGAGAACGCCUACCUUGGAACCAAACAAUGGAAGGAUAUCUCCGGCUCUCUCUCGUCCCCGGGAGGAAUUUUCAAUGGAGUCUCGGCACUGCUCUUGUGUGCCACUGCUCCACUCGCCUUCCUCGAGCCCGUGAUCACCAACGUCGCGGCCAAGAGAGUGAAUCGUCUCGAGGAUUUCAAAGGCCACUGGUCGGCCCAGCCUCACACCCAAGAACAGAUUCGAAUGAUCGACGCGCUCGCGAGCUGGAAGGCUGCCCAAGAUGGUCGUCAAGUUCUCGUCCUUGGAGGUGAUGUUCACUGUGGAGGCCACUCGGAAGUUCUCAAGGACAACGAGGUCGUCUUCCAGCAGCUGACUUCGAGCGCCAUAGCCAACACUCCUCUCCCCAAGACGGCCUAUUACUUCAUGAGACUGGUCGGACGCUUGGGAGGCUCGCUGAGAACCGGCUACACUUUCAAGCACUAUCACUGGACGAGAUCACGAAACUAUGGUCUCGUGCGGGUGAAGAUACUUAAAGUCGACCAGAGAAAACCAAGUUUUGCCGAGAUCACCUCGCAGCUCGUCAAGGGAAAGUUCAUGAGAGGAAUACUGUUGGGAGCAAAAGUCAGCAGCACGAGGAUAACAGAGAAGAAAAAGAAAAAGAGCAGACCUUUCAACUGUUGUGUGUCAUCGGCUCACAGUACUGCUGCCUGAGUCAAAAAGAAAUCAGACACACGACAAAGAGUUGCACGAGACCACGAAAGCUCAUCACUUUGGACCACUUGUCACUAAAUAGUAUAAAGAUUUCUCAGUGCUUACGCUUGUUUUUAGAAAUUAGUGCUUCUUUCAUCAUCGAUUUACGUCCAUGGAUCGUUCCUGGA